CUGCUUCUUGUGGAUACGAUCCGGGAGAGAGAAAACUCUGUUACUCACUUUGUCUCCAACUUUGAGAGGAAGUUACCACCUCUUCCCUAGACUCUGUACAUACGCUCAGGCAGACACACACACACACACACACACACACACACACACACACACCACACACACACACACACACACACACAAACACACACACUCUUCAGGACUUGACCACAGCAGCAACAGGGAAUCAACUGAAACAGUCAGGACUGCUCGUAAUGCUGUGUUUCUUUCAAAAUUCGGAGGGAAAGAAGGCUUUGCCUAAAACUUUCUGUGUGGAUUGAACAGUUUCAGAGGGACAAUUCCUGUCAUCACAGACCGGAUGGCCAAAUGAACAGUUUAGACUGAGGACCAAAGAUCACAGGCCCUGAUCCAUUCUCCAACUUCUCAUUAAAACUAUGAGCUGGGACUGAGGACGUGCUUCAUAGUUUCAUUUUGUGGUGUGAGGAAAUCAAAGCCAAGCUCACCAUGGAUGUGAAGAAAAAAGAAAUGGACCUCCUGAGCAACAGCAUAGCUGCAUAUGCACACAUCAAAGCUAACCCAGAGAGCUUCGGCCUUUACUUUGUGCUUGGAGUGUGUUUCGGCCUGGUGCUGACGCUCUGCCUCCUGGUCAUCCGCAUCUCCUGCAAGCCGCGGACCAACGUCGCCCCCUCCACGCCGGAGAAGAAACACUUAAAGGACAUCAGCGAGGAGGACGAGGAGAGUGAGGACGAUGACGAUGAAGAUGGGGAUGAUGUAGAGGCACCUAUCCCUUUGCCCAGCACAGAAAUCCCUGUUGGUAAUCAUACCAGCCAAUCAGAUGGGACACUGAGUGUGAACGUAUUUACUUCAGCUGAGGAGCUGGAACGGGCACAGCGACUGGAGGAGAGGGAGCGCAUCAUACGUGAGAUCUGGAGGAAUGGCCAGCCUGAUAUCCUGGGGUCGGGAACAGGGACUAUUGGAAGAGUGCAUUACUACUAAGAUACACGAGGCUUCAGGGGAAACACUCUGAGCUCUGUGAAGGACAGACAAGGCCGGAUGUCCCUGAAGCCUAUGAGACUUGUGUUAGAUACAAAGCAACAUGAUGGAAACAGGACAGCAGUGAUGUGACACAUUGAUAUGCAAAAAUACUCAGCUCUGACACAGCUGAACUAUGUGAUAUUGCACUUCCCAUGUAGCAAUGCUAUGCGACUACAUGCAAUUUAAACAAAGAGGUGUUUCAAAGACUGAUUAAUCCAUAUGGAAAAGAUGCAGUAUGAAUGUGGGAGCUGAUGGACACUUGAAGUAAUCAAGUCUAUUGGUGCUUAAUGACAAAAAUGCACACAACUUGGUUAAUGUAUGUAGUACGUGGAAAAUGAAAGCAUAUAAGGACAAUGUAUGUACUGUAUUUUGUAAUGAAGAUUCAUUGUGUGCGGUGAGGACAAUUAUCCUUUAGACUGGUAAAUUUGUGGGGAAAAGAAAACAAUCUCAGCAGUACUGUUAAAGGAAAUUACAUUGUUUGAACAAGCACAUAUCAAUCAAUUUGGGGGGUCAGAUUACAGAGUAUAACAUAAAAACAAUUCAAAUUGGAGUCUUUAAUUUCUCCAUGCCUGUGUUUUCAGGGAUAAUUCCACCAAAGGAAAUGACAGAAUUAAAGUAUUAUGCUGAAAUCA